UAUCGUCCGAUAACGCCGUAGUCGACAGUCGUUAUAAUAAUAUAAUAUUUUCCCCCGACCGACGACGAUUCGACCAUAUGCCGCGUCGUCCGCUGUCGCUGUGAGAUCGGCCGCGCGCGUCACUACUACUACUACUUCUGUCGUAGUACUAUCAUAUACAUCGGCAUCGGCACGCCGUCGCCGCCCGUUUCGCAUUCAAGCAGCCGCGCCACACGUCUUCGGCACCGCAGUGCCGACCGACCACACAGCGCACAGGUACGCCGCCGCCGAGUGCAGUGAACUUGAUCGAUUACGUCAGCGCGCGUCGUCGUUAGCCUACUGCUGCUGCUGCCGCCGCCGCCGCCUCUAUAUAGUUCGCCCCUUUUUUAUCUCUCUUUUUUUUUUCCCACGCACACACACACGCGCGCGCGCUUUCGCGUAUUAUACAUAUCUGUAUACGUGUGCACGCGUAGUAAUAACAUUGCAAUAGUAAUAAUCAUAAUAAAUAAUAAUAAUAAUAAUAAUAAUAUAAAUAUAAAUAAUAGUAAUACAAUACGCGCGCUCGUUUUCUCGUCGUGUGUUUAUUAUCAAUAUAAAGACGAUCGGUGUCGAUCGCAAAUCGAAUCGCAAAAGCGUCUCGUGCCGCCCGUCCGUCCGUCUUUGUUCGACCGCCCGACGUCGACGCGCAUCGCGCAAACGGUUCGCCGCGGUUUUUCGCGUGUGCCGCCGACAACGUCAAGCAGCAGUCUCUCUCUGUCGCUCUCCCGAGCACAACGGACCAUUACGUUGCCCGCACCCGGUCCCAGACCCAUCCGAAUCGCCGCCCCGACCGAUCGCGAAAACCUUCCGGAAAAUCGUCGUCGUCGUCGUCAUUCUCUAAUAAGCAUAAUAAUUAUAUAUUAUAGUCCCGUAGCGUCUCGUGUGCACAGGAAGAGGGCCGCCACUUCCGAACGUCGUAUUAUUCAUCAUCGUUCCGUGUUAGAAAUUAUUCAAAAUUCCGGUCCCGACGAAGAACUGCGCCUUUUCCGGCCGAAACGACGACGGCAGGAUGAACACGAAGAGAAAAAGUCGCGCCAACACCAACAGCACCGGGACGAGAGCUCCUCGGGCCAGAGCCUCAUCUUCAGGCGGAAAUGGAGUUAACGCCCAAAUAUCCGGUGCUGAUGGAAUAUAUUUAAAUGAAACAUUUAUGCAUCGUGUUACUAGUUUAAUUGGACUAGAAGUCGAAAUAGUAACUCAUUCUAAAGAGAUGUAUUCGGGUAUUUUGCGCACAUUCUCUAGCAAUUUUGAUGUUGUAUUAGAACUACCGCACAGGACUGACCCUCCCCCAUCAAGUCAAGCUAUAGGUUUAAAGAUUGUAGCUGAUAAAAUGAUAUUUAAAUUUGACAGUAUAGUAAAAAUUGCUGCGUAUGAAACAGAUUUAGAUAGUAUGACUCGAAAUACAUUCCAAACUGAUACAACUAUUAGUAAAUAUAAUGGACAACCUUCAGGUGAAAAAGUAUUGGAAAUGUGGGAGCCACCAUCUAUGAAUGGUGAUAUGGAUGACUUUGAUUUAAGUUCUGGAAAUAAUAAUGCUAAUGGUUGGGAUGCUGAUGACAUGUUUAGAAGAAAUGAGCAAGAACAUGGUGUAACAUCUUCUUUUGAUCAAAAUUUAAGUGGUUAUACAACAGAAAUACGAACAGAUUUAUCAAAUUUCAAAAAUGAAGAAGCAAAAGCUGCUCGUUUAGCUCGAGAAAUUGAAAGUAAUCCAAGUUCUCAAAAUAGAGCCAAUUUAGAAAAUGGCGAUGAAGAAGAAAGGUUUGCUGCUGUUUCAAGACCAGCAAGUGAGAUGUCAAAUAAUCACAAUGAUAGCAAAUAUAAUAUGUCUGGACGUCGUAAACCUGGACCACAGCAGCCAGCCAACAGUGCAUAUGGUUUGUUUAAUAGAAACCGUAAACACCCAGAAAAAUAUUCUAGCAGUGGAUCUAAUGAGCGAUGGGAAUGUGUUUCUGGUUCAGGGACAAAAAAUAGCAACCAGAAUCGAGGACAUGCUCAUCAGCAAAAUGGUAACAGCAACGUUGUGAACAAAUCCACUUUGCCUCCUUAUCACAACAGUGCUAAUCAAACAUAUGCUGCCAAUAGUCGUGAAUCACCAGUUUCUGUCAACGGCCAAAGUGAUAAGCGAACAACAGCUCCUAUUAAUAACCGUAGAGAAACUUCUUCUUCUGGUUCAAGACAUGUGUCUGGUCGUAAUAAUUAUUCAUCUAAUGACAAUCAAUCCCUACCUUCUUCAUCAAGAUCAUCUCCACCAACAGUUCAAGGCCAUCACAAUCAAGUAGCAAGUGUGCCUCCUCCUAGAUAUCAAACAGCCACUUACACUCAACAGACGAGUACAACAAAUUCUCGUCCUAAUGUUAGUACAUCAUAUGCUGCAGCAGCUGAUAAAUCUGUGCCAAAAACACAACAACCUCCUCCACCUAUUAGAGUAAGGGAUGAAAGUCUUAAUUCUGAACUGAAGCGAUUUAGUACAGACUUUAAUUUAUCUUCACCAUCCCCACAAAGUAACCCUAGAGUUACUUCACCUGCAUCAGUUGUAUCUGAAAUACCUAAACAGCAUGCUGCUCAAAUACCACAUUCUGAGCCACCUCCAUCUGUACAGGAAGUACCACAUGUACCUGAAGAAGUGACUGAAUCUCCUGUAUCACCUCCACAAACAUUAUAUAAACUUCAAGAAGUGCAGAUUGAAAAAAAUGUAGAAAAUUUAAAAAAAGAUCAAACUGAAAAAACUUUAGAAGAAAAUAUAACUCAGUUGCCAGAUAAAACGGUUGUACAGACAUCGAAGCUCAAUCCUAAUGCCAAAGAAUUUGUUUUUAACCCAAAUACUAAACCUUUUAUUCCACGUUCACCUAGUACUCCAAAUUCGUCUAGACCAAUGACCCCUCAAACGCCAACAACAAAUAUAGUUGCUACAACUAAUCAACAUCAACAAAUGAUUCAAGCACAACAUGGACCAGCAAUAGCUAUUCCAGCUGCUUAUCAUCAUCACCAUCAUCAACAUGCACCUGGUACGGGGCAGAUGGUUACACAUCAAGCACCGCCUCAUCCCCAUCCAGCAUUCACCAUGUUACCUACUGUAUUUGUUACUUCAAAUUCUGCAUUCAAUCAUCAUCCUCACUCAAUGCCCCCACAACCACCUAAUCAAGCAGGACGAUUCCGUAAAAUGACUGUGGGAAUGUCUCAUAGAAGUGAUAUAGCUUCACAAAUUCAAGUAGCUGCUGCAACUGGACAACCCCUUUUGGCACCAGCGCCACUUCAAGCACAAUUUGCUGUACCAGGAUAUAGUCCCCAACCUAUGCCCACACCUCAAGCUUAUCAACAAGUUCAGAUGGUUCGUAUGGUGCCACAGCAAGGAGGAGGCAUGAUGCCUACUUUAGUGCCUACUUCAAUAGCCUACCAUCCAGCUAAUGCAGGUCAGUUAAGUCAAAUGGAAAGUGGUGUACCCCAAGGUCCACCUUCUUACCAUCACCAUCAUCAUCACCAAGCAUCACAACAUCAUAUAAUGAAUCAACAACAGACUGCCCAGUCUCCGGCACCACAGCCCGGGCCACCACAAACGCCUGGACAGUCUCAAACUCCAGUUAAUUUCCAACAACCUCCACCCCAACAAUCACAACCCCCUCCUUUCCCAGCAGGUACUACAAUUAUGUGUCCUAUUUUGCCGACACCUACUGCUUCACAACAGCCAUCUGCACCUAAUACACCUGGUUCUGCACCUCCAAUGCAACAACCUCCCCCACAGCAGCACCAACAAUAUAUUUCCCAUCCACACCAGCAUCAUCAAGCAGCAUCAGCGCAAGCGCCUCAUGGGCAAUACCAUUUAUAUUCAACCAUUCGGGAGUCAUGAGAUACAGCCAACUCAUUCAAUCCUAGUCCACAUUUAGUAAGAGCAAUAAAAAAUUUCUCGGCGUUUAUCAAGUCAUACAAAUCAAUUGUCAGUUCAACCGAAAAAUCUUGAUUGUCAAGAAGCUUCAAGCUCAAAAUUUACCAUCAUCUAUGGUUACAAUGAUAUAAUAACUAUGAGCUAGCUUUGGCUAAAUGUUGUUCAGUAACUGUUAUUUAUUUAUUAUUAUUAUUUUCUCGUUCUUUACAAAUGAUUAUUAUUAAUUUUAUUAUUUUUUCCAUUGAGAAUCCUUCAGAGGCUACUUCAGUUUAUUUGUUAUGCCAGUAUGAAAAGAAAAUUCUAGAACAUUUAUUAAUUCGUAUAUAAAUAUAUAUAAUAUUGUGACCCGAUUAAUGUUUUUAGUUUUCAUUCAUUUUUGCAUAUGACAUCUUGUUGGCAAUAUAAAAUUGAAAUUAUAAAUUCAGCUGUUAUAAAUACAGUUGUUAACAAUAUCACCUUAUAUAUAUUAUAUAUACAUUAUUCAUAUAUAUAUAUAUAAAUAUACAUAUAUUAAAAUAUAUAUUUAUGAAUAUUGUGUCAGUUACAUUGUUCUAACUUAACUACACUCCUUGGCUGAUGUUUCUUUUAUAAGAAGAAAAUAUCAUUCUGGGAUAUGUGAUAUUUAGCUGAAAUUAUAAUUUUUACAUUAAAAAUUACCAGUAGGCAGAGACCAAAAUCUUGUUAUAUUAUCUCUGAUUACUGGCGAUUCAUUUUGAAAAUAAUUGUAUUGUGAUUUUUUCUUCUUUUUUUUUUUAGUCUUGUUACAAAUUUGUUUUAAAUUAAUUUGCCGUAUGAUAUAUAAAUUGCUCGACUUUUCUAUUUAGUUUUAACAAAUUGUUAGAUUGGCCGCAGCGUGAUCGCAAUCUGAAAAAAAAUAUUUUGUUAGUUUUUUGGGAGUAAUUUAUUUAGUAGAAUUUGUUUUAAAUAUAAUAUAAAUGUACAUGCUGCGGCCAACCUUGGACUUUCAUAAACAAAAUGUAUUGAAAUCUACGAGAAAAAUUGUUAAACGCUGCGAGACCUUGUUAAAGUUUUAUAUAAAAGUCUUAUUUUGUACAUUUUGUAAUGCCACGUUCAGUAAAUAAAAUAUUAAACUGUCUCCCGAAAUUAUUGUAAUGUUUUUGUUUUUGAUAUGCUAUAUAAUUGUUCAUAAAUCAUAAUGCUAAUUCAGUAAAAAUUAGAAACUCAUUUUUGAUUUUGCUAUCCAUUUGAACUAAUUACUCCUUUAUAACACCUUAAAUGUAUCAAUUUGAACAAUAUUUGAGUUUAAAAGCAAUGAAUAUGUUAAGUUUACAUGAUUUUUUCAGCGUAGUAGAACUGUUCCUCACUUUAACUUGAUAAAGGUAGUGGCAAUGCUCAAGACGAUAAAAAGUAAUUAAAUAAAUCUAAGUUGUAAUA